GGUGGGCCUAAGUAACCUGUGGGAAUAUACAGUUUCCGCUCUAAAGGGGGGAAGAAAGGAUCAACAAUGAAAAACCGCACAGUACCCACAGAAUUCAUUCUUCUAGGGCUAUCAGAUGACCCAGAGCUUCAGAUUAUGAUUUUUCUCUUCUUAAUUAUCACAUAUAUAUUAAGCGUCACUGGUAAUUUGACCAUCAUCACUCUCACCUUGGUUGACUCCCAUCUGCAGACCCCCAUGUAUUUCUUCCUCAGGAACUUCUCUGUAUUAGAAAUAUCCUUUACAACUGUCUGUAUUCCUAGAUUUCUGGGCACAAUUAUCACCAGAGACAAGACGAUCUCAUACAAUAAUUGUACAGCUCAGUUGUUUUUCUUCAUCUUCAUGGGUAUAACUGAAUUUUACCUUUUAACUGCCAUGUCCUAUGACCGCUAUGUUGCCAUCUGUAAACCCUUGCAUUAUACAACCAUCAUGAACAAAAGAGUCUGCAUUUUACUUGUCUUUUGUGCUUGGUUGACAGCAUUUUUAAAUAUCUUCCCACUAGUUAUUCUUUUUCUCCAGCUAGAUUACUGUGGUUCCAAUGUCAUCGAUCACUUUGCUUGUGAUUAUUUUCCCCUCUUGCAAUUAUCUUGCUCAGACACAUGGCUCUUAGAAGUGAUCGGUUUUUACUCUGCCAUAGUGAUUCUGCUUUUCACUUUGGCACUAAUAAUUUUGUCCUACAUGUUCAUCAUUAGAACAAUUCUGAAACUACCCUCUGCCAGUCAGAGAAAAAAGGCAUUUUCUACAUGUUCCUCACACAUGAUUGUCAUUUCCAUCUCUUAUGGAAGCUGCAUAUUCAUGUAUGCCAACCCUUCUGCAAAAGAAAAGGCAUCAUUGAUCAAAGGAGUGGCUAUUCUGAAUACUUCUGUCGCUCCUAUGAUGAAUCCAUUUAUAUAUACCCUCAGGAACCAGCAAGUAAAGCAAGCCUUUAAGGAUACUAUCCAAAAGGUUAUGAUUUUCUCCAGUAAAUGA